CAAAAACCGUCGAACAAGAAGCGAGACGGCGUCGUUUCUAGAGUCUGGAACUGAAAGUGGAAAAUUAUUUUACUCGUCUUUUUGGUCUCUCUUCGUUCCCCAUUAGGUCUCUCGCUUAAAUCUCUCUCUCAGUCUCGGAAUCGUCAUCGUCUUCGCGGUGCACUGUCGAAAUAUGUUAACGGCAGAUAUCCCGCCGAAUCAGUCAAUCUACAUCCAAAACCUCAAUGAGAAGGUCAAGAAAGAAGAAUUGAAGAGAUCUCUUUACUGUUUGUUCUCUCAGUUUGGGAAGAUACUUGAUGUGGUUGCUUUGAAGACUCCAAAGCUCCGUGGACAAGCUUGGGUUGCGUUUAGUGAAGUCACUGCUGCUAGUAAUGCCGUUCGUCAGAUGCAGAAUUUCCCCUUCUAUGAUAAGCCAAUGCGCAUACAAUACGCAAAAGCAAAGUCAGAUUGUAUCACUAAAGCUGAAGGAACUUUCGUUCCGAAAGAUAAGAAGAGGAAGCAAGAAGAGAAAGUUGAAAGAAAGCGUGAAGAAGCACAACGGCCACACACGGCUAAUGGCCCAACUUCCCAGAACGGAGCUCCUGCGCCUUCGUUCCAGCCAAACGGGCAAGAAGCGAUGCCACCAAACAACAUACUCUUCAUUCAGAAUCUUCCACACGAGACAACAAGCCCGAUGCUUCAGUAUCUCUUCGAGCAGUACCCGGGUUUCAAAGAGAUAAGAAUGAUCGACGCAAAACCAGGUAUUGCGUUUGUGGAAUACGAAGACGAUGUUCAAUCCUCCAUGUCUAUGCAAGCUCUUCAAGGUUUCAAGAUCACUCCUCAGAACCCAAUGGUCAUCUCUUUUGCCAAGAAAUGAGAAGAAAAGAAAAGUGUUUUGUUCUUUUGUCUGUCUUUUAAGAUGUUGAUGAUGUGACUGUUACUUGGUAUGUAUAACCGACGGUUGGAUGCUUUGGUUCAAUUGAUCCCGGUUUAGUCUUAAUCAUCGCCGAUGACGAAAGAGACCCUCAACACGCGGUUUCACACCUGAAGAUUUAUCACCAUUUUUGGAGACGACCCAUUA